AUGGCGUCGGUAUAUUCUGGAAUUGUCGGUAUUCUCGCUUUUCCUCUUUUCCAGCCCCUCCCUGCAACCCCUGAACGUCGUCGUCUCGUCAUCAUUGACGUCAAGCUGAUCCGGCCGCCACGCUGGAAUCGAUAUGCCCCAAUUCCAAAGGAUGCCAUCAAGCAAUUCGCAAUCACCCAAGAGGCGAUGAUGGCGAAAUUGGUGGAAAUGAUGGAUACGAUGGAUCUUCACUCAACAACCCAAUUAUACCAGUUGACACAUCCAAUGGCUGAUGAAUUGAUCCAAGCAUUUCAAGCAACUGGAAUGCACGCAAUUAUUGCACAGAAUUAUACCUCGAGGAAGCAGCUGGUUCACGAGAGUCACUACUGUCUUGGCUAUCGCGACGUCGGCGCUCGCGAUCUGAAGAUUCGAUGGCCAGCAACCCGGGGGCAACAACCGAUUACGCCAUUC